UCCGCGGUCAUGUGACCCGACAGCAUCGCUCCUCUCCGCCUGCAAACAGCUGUGAGCGAGACAGUGUGCAGCAGGGCUCUUCACAAACAUACAGCACACGAGCGGGACAACAUGGGAGUGGAGAUCGAGCCCAUAACCCCCGGAGAUGGGAGGACUUUCCCCAAAAAAGGACAGACGUGUGUGGUGCAUUAUGUUGGCUCUCUGACAGAUGGACGGAAGUUCGACUCUUCCCGUGACCGUGACAAGCCAUUUAAGUUCAAGAUUGGUAAACAGGAAGUGAUUCGUGGCUGGGAGGAGGGGAUUGCGCAGAUGAGUGUGGGCCAACGUGCAAAGCUGACCUGUUCACCUGAUUUUGCCUACGGUAAUAAAGGCCAUCCUGGGAUUAUUCCCCCAAAUGCGACCCUCAUCUUCGAUGUGGAGCUUCUCAGUUUGGAGUGAUUUAAUGCAUCAACAAUGCCUUUUGUUAAUUUUUGACUAUAUUAUAAAUGUUUCAAGUGUCAAAAGGUUUAGUCUUAACAUUAGAAACUUGGUUAAAUCAAUUUACUCUUUAUGUCAGGCCAUAUUUUAGUCAUUCUUCUCAGAACCAGCUUUAUUCAGCAUCCCAUCCCACAGUUUUGGGCACAUUAUGUAAAGAUCUGUGCUUUAUUUGAUCAGAGUUCUCCAACAUUUGAUCUUUUGCUUUAGUCACAUUACAUCAGAAAUAAUUCUUUAGCUCCUUUAAUUUAUAUCCAACAUUCUUCCUGUCUAACUGAUACAAUAUCACCAAAAUCCUUGCAAUGUCCUUAAUCCUUAACUUGAACCCUUAAAGGAACCCUUUAGACUUCUUUUCUCUUCUCUUUUUCUUACACUGUGAUUGUUGUUGGCUUGAGACCAAGUACAAACUUGUUAAAGAAUCAGCGACUUUAUCCCUGAAUAGUAAUCCAAAAAAAUAAAAAAAUAAUAUAUCUUUAAUAUCUUAUGUUUGGAAUAUAAACAUUUGCAUAUUUAUUGCAUUGCCAUGCUUUAGAUUUAAUAACUGCAUAAAUUACAUUGAAUGCUUUAAGUAUGUUAUUAUCAUUCAGUAUUGAAUUGUAAGGUUCGAACAGGUUCGCUGGUUAUAAGUAGUACAAAAAAGCAAAAUCUUGAACAAUCCUUGUGCCUCCUAGUGUGUUUGACACCUGCCAGAAUACCGCUGGUUUUGUAUAUUUACAAAGUGACCAUAUCAACUGAAAAAGUGCCAUCAUGUUACCUGAAAUCAAACUUUAUGUUAGACCAGGCUGAUUAAUACAAAUAAUGAAGUAUGGAGUGAUAACAGUUAUUUCUGUCAGUUUGGUGAGCAAAAUUUGUUUUGGCUGUAUUUUCUUACCAUGCAGCUAUUUUGAAAUGUGUUUACUCUGUUCUGUGUUUGCCUAGGUUGUGUAGUUGAGUAUGUGGCGCAUUAGGCACCGCAAUGGAUGCAUGCAAUUCUUAGUGCUUAGAGAUUUUAUGUUCAUCUUUCACUGUUCAUUGUCUCAUAAAAUCUCAAAAUCAACCAUUUACUUGCUAAUUAUAAUUCUAUAUCUAUAUCUAUAAUUGAUGGGCACUUUCUGUUAUUGAGAAUUUGUUUCAGUGAUGGACAGAGAUGUCUGAAACACAUCGUGACCUACACUAGUGUGACAUACACUACUUGCCAUUCAUGUAUACAUUUUGAUGCGAAAUUAUUUGCAGCUAUUCAUGGAUGUUAAUGUAGAUUGUGAUGUGAACUGGAUGCAGAUACAGUGACAGUGCUCUUUUGUAUUGACAUGGAAAUCAUUUUAAUUUAAUAGAAAUCUGUAGAUGCUUAAAUACUUGAGUGGAUGCUGCCAAUUUCUGUGAUUACAUAAGUCAAGCAUCAAAUAUAUGGCUUUAAUAUUACUGUAAUGCACUGCAUAUUUAUGUAAUGUCUUAAAGGCAUUAAAACAAUUCAAAUGUG